AUGCACAUAUUGUGUAUGAAAAAGGAGAAUAAUAUUAUGAAUAAGAGAGUAUAUGUAAAUUAUGAAUAAAGAUGGAUGUAGAGACCUAAAAUUGGAAAUGUAGAUAUUGUUAAUCAGUUUUAAGAAAUUAAUAGUAUAAGUGGAAAUUAAUAUAAAUCAUUAUCAUCUAAUAAUACUCAUUUUGGUACUUUAUCAAUGGAAAAUGAAGUAAUAAUAUAUGAAUGGCACAAUUAAAUACUUUAAUAAAUUGGAUCAUCUGUAUAGAUAGAUACUUCAUUUAUUUGUUUCAAUAUUCAUUUAUCUCCAUUUUUUGAUAUUUUGGUUGAUUGCUAUUAAGAUGAUGAAUUUAAAUUAUUGAUUGUUUAGGAUUAAUAAUACAAUACUGUAUAUACAUCAUAAUCAUCUAUACCUAUUAAAACCAAACUCAAAUCAAUGAUAAAUGAUAAUAAUGAUACUUAUAUAAUAUAUGCUUAAUAUUAUCAAGAUUACUGUAUGCUCUCAUUAUUUUCAAAAUAGUAUUCAAAUUUAAGUUAAUGGAAUAACAACUUUAUAGAUUUUGAUAUACCCAUUUAAAUUAAAUCCUUACAUUUAUAUACUCACUUAACAACAGAUCCUAUAAUGUACUAUUUCUUCAAAUUAAACUUUUUAACUUCAAUAUAAUUUCACAUAACCUAACAUCUCCAAUUUUCUUACUAUCAAUCUUUAUUACACCAUUUCGACUUAUUCUUAAUGUGA